CCUCACCCUUCCCUCCUUCGUCUCCUCCUCUUCUUACCCCCUCUCCUUGCUCCUUUUGACUUUUCUUUGUUUACAUUCCAAUUAACCAUCAUGAGUUACCAGAACUUGGAAGACAACAGCCAAGGAGGCUACGGCCAGUACAACCCUUACGGCGCUCAGCAGAACCCCUACGGUGCCCAGUCCCAGCAGCAACAACCCCAGCAGAGCUAUGGCUAUGGCGGCGGCUACGGCCAGGCCGGUGCCAUGGAGCAGGGCAACGGCGGUUAUGAAAUGUCCAACAUGCAACAAGUCCCCGAUAAGAAUGCGCUUCUGACCCGCAUCAACGAGCUGAAGCAGGGAAUUGAGGAUGUCAAGAGGAAGCGUACUACCCAGCUCCGCGCUGCCCAGACUGCUCUCCUGGAGUCAAACACCAGCAAGGAAGACCAGGUGACGCGCCAGAACGUCGACUACGUCGAGGACGAGAUUAACACCGCUCUCCGCUACCUGCGCGAUCAAUUGAAGCGCAUCGCCGACACCCCUGGCUGCGGCUCUUCGGGCCCCGCGGAGCACUACACAAUUGCCAAGAAGAGCUUGCAGGAUGAGAUCACGGCUUACCAGGGCGACCAGUCCAACUUCCACAAGCGCCUGGAGGAGCAGGUGCGCCGUCGGUACCAGAUGGCCAACCCCGAGGCCACCCCGGAUCAGCUGGAGGCUGGUGUUCAGGCUGUGAUGCAGGGCCAGGAGCAGGCUUUCAUGACCCCCGGAACUCGUUCUCGCCAGGCCAACGAUGCCCGCCAGGCCACCCUCGCCCGUUCCGCUGCUAUCCGGAAGAUUGAGAAGGAUAUGGCCGAUCUGGCCCAGCUGUUCACUGAUGUUCAGGAACUUGUGAUCCAGCAGGAGCCCGCAGUCACUCAGAUCCAGCAGGGUGCCGAGGAGACCCACCGCAAUGUCCAGCAGGCCAACACUAAGCUGGACAGUGCUAUUGUCAGCGCCCGCAACGCCCGCCGCUGGAAGUGGUAUGCGUUGAUCAUCGUUAUCAUCAUCAUUGCUAUCGUCGUCGGUGUCGCAGUCGGUGUUACCGAAGCCAACAAGAAAUCCUAAGCGCCUGCUUUGCUUUUUCCCCCUCCAAGUUUCCUUCCCCUCUCCUUACCUUGUACGACCUCGUCUCUCCACGCUCUCCUCGAACGACAACCCCGCGACUCUUAAAUCCCACACUCGCCGUGCUCAUUCCCGCUAUUUCCCAUGUUACCAUCCACCCCACCCUGUCCCCCUUCGUUUCUAUACCACUUUCUCGCAUGUCAUUUCUUCUCUCUGUGUGUCUCUCUCUAUUGUGUAAAAGCAAAUGCUCGAUCGGCCUUUUUUUUUUUCUCCUUGUGUUCUUCCAGUUGCUGCAGGUCUCGUGUACAGCCGCUGCGUGGUGAUUGCCCACUCGACUGUUCCAUGAUGAUGAUUGUGCUUUUGAUCCUGCUCCCCGGAUACUCGAGCGUGGCUGUCGCAGUCGACAAGCUGCGUCCGUACCCGGGGAUGUACAUACUAGACCGUUUUGCUGUUUUUCUUUGUUUUUGGUGCCCUUUCUGUUCUGCUUGGCACUUCAGUCUAUGUAAUACCGUCUAAUAAUCUAUCCCUUCUGUCUCAACGCUUAC